CAAGAAAUAUGGCGGCUGCUUCAAAUGCAUACUUUCAGGAGACGAGCUCAAAACAGAUUGUUAUAGUCGGGGGUGGUUUGGUAACAUCAUUUAUUAUUGUUUAGCUUUAAAUACGAGAUGUUGCUCUCUUUCAUACGAUCGACACGAUCGUUGAAGAAAAUAUCGACCAUGGCCAUCACAUCAUAUCGAGUCAGGUCUUCGAUUGCGAUCGAGAACGAUCUUGCUAAGACUUCAGUUCCAUACCAUCGCUGCAAACUAAGGCGACUAACUUUCGUUGAGAUGGAUUUCCUUUGUGAUUACUACUGGUCUUUUUUCUAGCGGUUCUAGGGAUCAUGUUGGAUGUUUCCUCUUCAAUGAUUUAAUUGAAUUGUUCUCAAUUAUUUUUCAUGGACCCCCGAGCAAUAUCAACUGUAGGCAAUAAUCGGUCAAUUUAUGAAUACUAUGAGAAAAAAUUAUUUAUCUGCCCUUGUGUUGUACGUACAGGCUGGGUCAUUAUUUGCAGUUUUCCUGGUGAAAAGAGGAUUCAAGGUUGAUCUAUAUGAAGCACGUGAAGGUAAUUAUCAACCAGAAGCAUAUGCUUCUUUAUCACCAGAAUGUUGCUCCUUUACAAUAAGUUUCGUCUAAUUGAUAAGAUUUUUUUCUUCUUUGGUUAUUUCCCAGGUGAAUUCAGUGCUUUUAUUGUUAUUUUGUUCUCAACAUCUUUUCCAGAUCCUCGUUUAUUAAAGUUUGUUCGUGGUCGCAGUACUAAUCUUGCUUUGUCAACCCGGGGUAUUGAAGCGUUAAAAGCCAUAGGAGUCCUCGAUUAUGUAAGCACAUACAUUUGGGUCUCUAUUAGUCCGUGAUAAUAAAAGUAGUUUACAGGCUGAUGUCUGUAGCUUUGGCUGGGGAUUCAGCUUCUAUCAAUAUUGGUAGGGUGACUGGAAUCAACUUCAAAACAAGAGUCAACAGAACUUAACUGCCGUCAGAUCAGGAGAAUUGUAAUCUUUCUUCCAUUCAUCCUUAGGUUUUGAAUAAUUUUCCAGAAAGGUUGGAGCGUGAAACUCAGCCAUGGUAUUUAGGGAAAGUUCAUUUAAUAUGACAAAGGGGGGGAUGAAGAUAUUGAAACUCGAAGCUUGAAAUUUUAGCAGCCCCCUCGCUAGCGGUUCAAUUUUUAGGAGCUCCCUCCUUGGUAGUCGAAAAAAAUUUCAGACCCCCCCCCUCCUCCUUCAAUUCCUUUGCUUCCCUGAAAAAAGAUCGCUAGACUGUAUUAAAUAUAUUUACCGUUAUUGUCUUCAAUGGUUUAUACUAUGACAAACUUGAGAUACAGUUGUGAUACAAUUUUCUAAAGCAUUUUUGGGAUGAACAAGAGUGUAAUAAUUACUGAGACUACAUUUGUUAUAUCUGUAAACCACGUGAUAUAGCUCAGUUGCACAGGUCAUUAAAUUGUUGAGUUGAAAACCAUCCGAUCUGUAUGAUGAUGUCAUGUGUUGUUUUUGAAGUAUACAAAUUUUUGGAGCCCCCACUCAAUAUCUUCAUCCCCCCCCCUUGUCAUAUUAAAUGAACUUUCCCUUAAUUUUUGUCUUUUUAUAGGUCUUGCCACUGGGCGUGGCCAUGUAUGGUCGCAUGCUGCAUUCCCUAAGUGGAGAUCAGAGGCCCCUUUAUUAUGAACAAGAGGGACCAGUAAGAUAUUUAAUAAAUAAAGAUGAUAAUGAUUUAGGUGUAGCUUGUCCACAUAAUUGUUCUUCAUCUGCCAUCCAUGAAAAAAUGAGAAUUUGGAAAGUUAGUUACCCAUGCCAUGUAUGGUAUUGCCUCUACCUUUUGAACUGCCGACCACAUUAGAUUAGCUUUAAAACAAAAUUUCUUAAAAUGUUAUGAAUAUUCAUAAAAUGUUACCAUGACACAAAGCAUGUCCAUAUGUACUUACAUUUAUGAUAGACUUGUUGCAUAAGUUCAAAUUUAUUAUGGGUCUUUUACUUGUAAUUGAGUUACAGAAGUGACAAUUUGUGUAAAAAAGUGCUUAUUGAAGUUACUUUUUCUUCUGUUUUAAUAUUUAAAAAAUAAUAUUAACUAAUAGACAGGAAUUGUAUUCCUGUUUAAAUGUGCUUGUUUCUGUUUUAGUAUCCUCUGUUGGCAAUGGAGCGGAGAAAAGUAAAUGAGAUGCUUCUUUCAGGUGUGUAAACUGAUAUCCACAAGCUCAUGGUUAAUGAGCUAGACUGUUUUUUGAGCCUUCUAAUUAUUUAAGCCAACUUCUAAGUGUACUAAGUGCUUUGUCUUCCCUUCUUGUACAUGUACCUGUAUUUUCAAUGGAUAUUUAGUAUUCAUUUAAACAUUGAAAUUCAUUUUUAUAGUUGCAACUGCUUUACAAACUUUAUGACAAUUUUCUCUUUUUGUUAUAUUUUUUUUUACUCCAACCAAGGAAAGAAAAUGUUUAUGGUGGGGAAUGAAAUAAAAGGGGACUGGUCUUUGGACUCUUUUAAUCAAACUGAUAAGCAUUUAUUUGCAUACUCUCUCUCUUUUAGCUGCUGAGUCCUUCUCCAAUUUAAACUUGCAUUUUCAACACAAAUUGGUGUCUGUAAACUUGGACAAAGGUCAUCUCACCUUCUUAUGGUAAACAACAUUAUUAUUAUAAUACACGCAUGCGCGGAUCCACACCUGUUUCCACCGUUUUACGGAAAUCGGUCAGAUUUUUCGUAAUAGAUAUAUUUUUAAUAAAGAAAAAGUUUCCAAGUUGCAAGGCUUCAUCCUAGGACAAUGGAACAGACCAAUAUUCUGUUUGAAUGACUCAUAAACCUAGGAAAGGGGAUUUUAGGGAGUUAAAAUCGAAAACAAUUUUCCUCGGGGCAUACCCCCGGACCCCUCUAGAAGCUUGCGCCUUCGGUGCUCAUUUAGGAAAUUAGUCCGUAUCUAUCCUAGAUCCGCGCCUGACACAUCAGCAGGUAUCACCUGUUAUGGAAUGGGUUCAGCUAGCCUAGUUAUCUUGACCAUUUUUUCUUUCAGUUGAUUUGGAGAAGUUUGGUUUUCUUUGCAUUCUUGCCAACAAAAUAAGCAACAAUCUCAAUUUCUCUUUGUUACUCGGUAGUCCAUUGUUUUCCCUCUUGUCUUGUUUUUCUCUUUUCCCUUUUACCAAUAAAAUUAAGCUCAUGAGCUUGGCAUGUUUUCUUGUUGCCUGUUGAGGGCUUUCAUGCGUUGUCCUUGUGUCCCCGUCAGCACAGAGGAGCAGGUGACUGUAAGAUCGAGAAUGUAGUUUAUCUGAUUUAGUCAAGCUCUUUUUAUUUGGAAUUUAUGGCUUAGCCCUGAUGGCAAGACUAUUGAAGUCAAUGCAGAGGUUGUUAUUGGUGCAGAUGGUGCUCGUUCAGCCAUAAGAAAUGAACUGAUGAAAAGACCAAGGUAUAAGCACUUGUAAUUCUCUUAUUCUUCAAAUAAGAACAUUUGCAUCAUUAUAAGUUUCUGGGAAACUGCCCACCUACCCCUCCCCUAGGCCAACAUUUUGCCCUAAGUGAGAAGUAACAGUUAAUGUUGGCUUAGGAGAGGAUAGGUCGGCAGUUCCCUAUCCACGACUUUCCUAACGGUGAACCACUCGGGCAGGUUAGGAGUCGAACAUUUUUUGGAUGGGGAGUCUGGCGGAUGCAUAUUAAGUUCUACAGGGUUUGUUUUUUCCCCAUUACACACACAUACUUGUCGGAUGUCACACGAGAAAUAUUUGCGAAAGAUAAGCAAAGUAUUUUAGAGCUGUGAAGUUGCCAUUUUCAGUGCUUGAAGUCUAACACUUUAUCGUCAUAAGCUGCUGAUUUACUAAUUGUUCUGAAAAGUUGCCAAAAAAGUUCUUAAAGUUUCAAAUUGAAGGUAUCUUGUUGAUGCCAGUGUGGUUAACUGAUUUUUUAAAAGUAAGUUGAUGAAACCAAAGUUUUGUGUUUCGCUUCCUCACAGACAAAGUAAUCCCUUCAUUCAUUUGAUUACAGUGGGUUGGUAAACCAUCUGAAUAGACAUUAUUACGUUAUUAGAUUUGACUUCAGCCAGGAGUAUAUUCCACAUGGAUACAAAGAGUUUCAGCUACUACCAACCAAAAGUGGAGAGUACGCCAUUAAGGCCAAUUACCUGCAUGUUUGGCCCAGAGACUCAUUUAUGCUGAUUGCUAUUCCAAACAAGGUGCGUUUUAUCUAUCUUCCACCUAAGAUACAAGUAUACCGCGUAAAUUUUCAUAGCAAAGUAUGGGAAUCAUUGCACUACUAACCCACCUCAAUGCAUAAUAAAGCGGUUUCUAAGUGAUGAAAGUAAACAGUGAAACAGUGAGGUACUAUGGUUUUGCAUUGCUUUUGCUCUGGUUUGUGAUUGGCUGAAAAAUCUUGCAUCACUUCCUUAACUGAUCAAGAUUAAAGCAUAAACCAUCUGUGACUUUCCGCUACUUGGUCAGACAAGUUUUCCCGUACUAGGGGCCCGCUACAAGUACUUGCUUCAAGAUGUGAUUGGUUUAUUUGAAUUUCUGCACUAAGUAUGAUUGGCUAAAAUAAUUAUCUUGGUGCCCAGAUCUGAUUUGUUCAUUUCAUCAUUUCUUCAAAAUUGCCAAGUUCCCGUCUUUCUUUUUGUGAAAUUAGAUGCCUGUGAAAAUAAGCAUCAGUAAGGUCUUGUAAAGGUAAUUUUUCGGGCUUUUUACAUAAAAAUUAAUGUGAACUUGGAAAUACAGACUUUUAUUUCUUUUUCUGUAGGAGCAGUCUUUCACCUGUACACUCAUCAUGCCAUUUGAAAAGUUUGACGCUUUGACAAAAAAGGUGAAUGAUUUUAUCAUUAUACUACAUUCAGUUUUGUACGUUCUCAUAUCUAUUAUAUUUAUGGAUUCUUUCCCACAGGAAGAUGUAAUCGACUUCUUUAAUGCUCUAUUUCCCAAUUUUGUCCAACUCAUGGGCGAGUAAGUAAAUUUUGUUUGCUGAAUACAAUAAUUGUAUCGUUUGUUUGUUUACCAUAUAGGUUAACUGUUCUUUUUUCACGACCGUAGCCUCUAGUGUUAAUCCCAAAUGGAUUCAGUCUAUUGUAGCUGAAUGUGACCAAAAGCAAUCCAUUUUUACUCGCCGGAAUGAACCUGGUUAAGGUCUCCUUAUUUCUUAGAUCACUUGACAGUGCACAGGGACCCCAAAUUGCUCAUUUUUUUUGGGCAUGGUAAAAGUUUCUUUUACAGUCGGAGAGGCUCGGUUUUUCACACGGUGUUGGUUCCAUCUGGAACCCAAGUGAUUUAAACAUAAGACCGGCUCUUUUGUACAGGCCACAUCAGCCUAGUCCCUAGAAGUUCUGUUUAAUUCCUUUUGUGCGCGUGGAGUCUGGGAAAGGGUAACAAUGGAACUCAGUGAUGUUGAGGCUCUCAGUAGAGUCCAGGUUUGACCGAGCACCCAGGGGCCAGGCGGCUCGUCGGUCCUGAUCCUACCUGGUCAGUAUUUUGGAUGUUAUCAAGAAAUAAAAGAGUUUUAGGUUUUUCUUUUGCCCGAGUGUUUUUAAAGCUGAAGGCGUACGCCUGUCACCAUUUCAGGGAAAGAAUUCUGGAAGAUUUCUUCAAAAAUCCAGUGUUGCCCAUGGUGUCAGUAAAGGUAGGUAAUAACAGGUUGCAUCUGCUUGAACUAUUUAUUCCUACUUAUGAAGGGUAUGUAUAAAUAAAAUGAAGGACUAUUCGAUUUUAACUCAUUUUGUUGCCCAGUUUUGAAUGGUUGAAUUUGACACAGCCUCUCUAACAAAGAGUUGUUCAGGAAUAGAGUCGGUCUGCGUGUAAAAUUUGGCUCGAGUGCCUCCCUAAAAAUGUGGCAUUUCAUGAGAAAUCGAAAAUGAGUUCUGUAAAAAUGAUUCUAAGUUUACAGGUUGAACAAGUCUUAUUUUAAUCAGGCACACCUUGUAUUUGUUUUCCUUUUGUUUGUUGUUGUUCACAGUGCAAGCCUUAUCAUCACUCAGAUAAAGCACUCAUCAUUGGCGAUGCAGCUCAUGCCAUGGUUCCCUUCUAUGCACAAGGAAUGAACAGUGUUAGUGUCUCUUUUUAAAGGAAAGUUUUUGUGGACCUAUUUUAUUUUGUUUAUGAAUAAUAAACAAAAGGAAAACCGAGCUGUCAGUUACAUCAGUUGCUGAAUAGUUAGCGCAUCUUGCGAACCACACCAUGCGAAGAUGUGCCUUGACUAAGAAAGAAAGAAAACUGGCUCCAAGUUUCAGUGAAAAGCUAAUUUAGCCUGGGGGUGGGGGAGCUAAUUGGGACGUCACUGUGCGGACAUAUUUGUCGCAGACAGUUGAAAAAGGAAAGGGAGUACACCUGGUGCCUUACCUGGUAUUACGGUGCCCCUGGAAUUACAGUAUUCAUGACAGUUGUAACAUAGGAUAUGUAUCUUUAUAUUGUGGAAAUAAAGACCAUUACUAUUAUUAUUAUUAUUAUUAUUAUUAUUAUUUACCUUUCCUAACAAGUUUCAGAAGAAUUCAAAGCGAGUAACUCAGAUCAAUGUUUCUGGAACUUAUUUAGUAAGAAUUCUCAAUGUCUGUACUGGUCCUUCAAGUUGAAGUUAAGAGUAGCUAUGUCUAUUUUUUUAGGCAUUUGAAGAUUGUCUUGUUUUAGACAGACUUCUAGAGAAGCAUGGAAACAACUUUGGUAAGUGACUAAACAUUGCCAGAUUUUCAGUACCUACCCAGCCCUGUCACCCAGUAAGCUGGGAUUGUACAAGUCUUGGACUCGAGCUUCUGUUUCUGGUCUGCUUUUUAUCAGGUGCUGUAUUUGAGGAAUACUCGAAUCUCAGAAACAAAGAUGCUGAAGCAGUGUGUGAUUUAUCCAUGUACAAUUACUUAGAGGUGAAUGAUCUUUACUUCCAACCUCGUUUUCAGGGCGUUCUCCAUUUUCUAAGGCGGAAAAGCCCUGGGGACGAGGCGGGAGAGGAUUGGUUCUGCUUUUGUAAGGGCUAGCUACAAAAUACGGAAAAAAUUCUAGUGAGCCGCGUGGCCCUUUAAAAGGUAACUGAAUGAAAUGUUCAAUAAAAAGUUAAAUAUGAACAAAAGUGUCCGUGAUUUAUAUGCAGUUGUUUUCCAAACGUUUUGAGCUUGGUCCUUCUUCAGUGGAGUUACAUGUACGUUAGACUUAGCGUCGUUAAUGGAGCUGUUUUAAAAUUCUCGGUAACAGGAAACCCCGGCACGUUUUUCUUAACGCUUCGAAGAUGCUCGCUGAAACGUUGAUCAGUGUACGCAAGAUUUCGCCAGCUACAAAAUACCUUCAGUCGUAGCUUAGCAGCAGGUAGCGGUCAGAGUAGGGCCACUAGCUAAAGAUCUCCAGAUUUCAUGUGUUUAUUUCGUUCACGCUGCCUUUCUUGCAGCGUCUUUGGUCUAAGAAAGUUUCACUUGCUGAGUUGUUGUCUUUUUUACCAGAUGAGAUCCUUGGUUAAUUCAUAUUCUUUUCUGUUGGAGCGAAAACUGCUGAGUAUCUUUAAUUGGCUGAUGCCCAAGACAUUUAUUCCCCUCCAUACGAUGGUAAGCGAGCUCAUUAUAAUGACGUGAUUAAAACAGAACCUACAUUCUGCCUCAUGAAGUAAUUAGUGCAAAUCCAUAAGAACUCAUAUUCCCUGUCCAGACCGAACAUUAAUUUUCUCUUAACAAUAUUGGAACAUAAUCAAGAGAGAAGGUUUAUAUGAAAAUGAGUAAAAUGAUCACCUAAGGGAAGAUGCUUUGAUCUUUUAUCAAAUUCUCCCAACUAAUUCUGUGAGGAAACGGAUGGAGAUCAGUGUGGAGCAUUUAUAUUGGCGCUUAAUAAGGGGUGAACUGAAUGAUCGCACCAUAGUUAAUUGAGUGGAAUGGUUAUGAAACCCGUCAGACUCCUUUGUUAUAUGUUUUUGUGGACCUGAAAGUGCACAACGUUCAAAAGAAUUCCUAUCAUUUUGAUUGUAUUGACCAAUAAAAACGUUGCAUUAAUUUAUUCCGUAACAAUUUGCCAACAGAAAACAAAGGAUUGUGCACUUUCACGGUGCUUUGAACAUAAACUGCAACACUGUUGUUUUUAUCAUUGAUCAUAGUUAAUUGAGUGGAAUGGUUAUGAAACCCGUCAGACUCCUUUGUUAUAUGUUUUUGUGGACCUGAAAGUGCACAACGUACAAAAGAAUUCCUAUCAUUUUGAUUGUAUUGACCAAUAAAAACGUUGCAUUAAUUUAUUCCGUAACAAUUUGCCAACAGAAAACAAAGGAUUGUGCACUGUCACGGUGCUUUGAACAUAAACUGCAGCACUGUUGUUUUUAUCAUUGAUGUUUGCCGCUUUUCAUAACCAGUCUCCUCUAAUAACUAUGCAUUGAUGUUUGCCGCUUUUCAUAACCAGUCUCCUCUAAUAACUAUGAUCGCACCUUAUCAUUUAAUACACGAUCUCAAAAGUUAGAACUCUUGCCGGUCAAACUAAAGAUAACCACAGGAAAGCACUGUUUAUCGGCCAAGUCUCAGUUACUUCACUUUACACUUGAAUAACUAAGCCGUAUGAUUUCAUCUGCAUCCUAUACGUAAUGUUUUAAAAUCCAUAAACAGUAUUGCACUUCUCCUCUCAGUUAACUGUUAAAAGGUGAUGUCAAUUCUUUGUUUUAGGUGACAUACACAGAAAUACCUUACAGUGAUGUGAUCAAAAGGUCUGAAUGGCAACAAAAGGUUGGAUAUUUUUACAUACAACCUCGCGAGGAACUUCUUUGUGAAAAUAAUGAGGUUGCGUUUGAGACUGGGUCAGGGUUGGGUCAAAUUGCACUAUGGGACAGGGGGCGAAUUUUGACCCAGCCUCCUGUGUGGCCUCGUAAGAGCUAAUAAAAUAAAAGGGAAAGUCUUUUCAAAACAGUCCCAUAAUUCAGUCUGAUACAACACUAACUCAGUCUCGCGCAACCUCAAAAUACGACAACAACAAUCUUUAUUUUCCCUCAAUUUUAAUUUUUUUUGUAGAAGUCUACGGGCCCGAAGGUUGCUAGUGCUCUUUCGCGUUGUCGAGAGACGAAUUGAUUUAAUAUUAGUUGCUACGCAGACCCUUGUCCGAUGUAGGCCUUUUUUAUUGUCAACACUUGCCAUCUUUUAUUGUUGUUUCAGACCGUGCGUCGCUUCCUCGCUAUGUGUACACUGACAGGAUUGGCUGGACUAGUGAUGCUCGUGAAAACCGUCAGACUACGAAUCAAUUGAAAGGAGAAUUUCCUGAAGAGAUCAGCAAGAACCCAUAGUGAAAGAAUAAUCUAACCUGCAGUAAUUAGCCUCGCUGUCGCGCUCACCUUACUUCUUAAAGACGAAAUUAAUGACUGAGUAAAGGCAAGAGAGAAUAGUCUCUCUUGGUUAUACUCUCUUGGUAAAAGAACAAAUGGUAUUUAGUCUCGAUGUAAAUAUCUUUGGAAAAGAAAAGAAAUAGUUGUGUAACUUUAAAAGUUGUAAGUGGCGUAUUGAUAUCUAGUCAUUUCGUUCAAUAGUAACGAUUUGCAAAAUAAAGUAAAGUCAAACCUCC